AUGGCUGCUGCCUUUGAGGUUGCAAACUCUGAGGGGAAACAGCUUCCUGAUAAGACAGACGCUACGAUCUGGAAGCCCAGAAAAGAAUGUUUGCUGCAGAAUAUUCCAAAUGUUUCUGAUGGCAAGUCUGAAGAAAGUGAAUCUGCUUCUACCUCCCCCAAUGAAGGUGAUGUCAAUGGCUCUACUGAUGAGGGCUGGUACAAUAUAUAUGCUGACCUGGAUGUGUGGGAUAGUGAAGUUUCCAAUGGACCUGAGUCUUCAGGGCAGCAAGAUGCAUCUGAGCAUGAGGUGGAGGACUGGGAUAAAGAAUUGGAGGAGUCUACAUGUAGUCCUUAUGAUGCUGAUGAUCUCUCCGGUGGAAGCUUUGAGGAAAAUAAUCUUUUCGGCUCAUAUGUAUGGAAGGAGGAUUGGUUUUACAACCCAGGCUGUCACCACACACCUUGCUUUGUUUUUCCACCACGAGUUAGAACAGUUGAGAAGGGCCAGUUUGAUGAUGCUGAUGAAUGAGGUUGAGUCUGGUCAGAAGUAAGUUUGACUUCUGUGCUGCAUGAUGUUCUUCAGCGAUU